AUGGCCAGCUCCAAGCUAGGCCUCUUGCUGCUGCUGCUGCUGGCCACCCAACCUGGACCCUCAAAGACUCAGCACUGGUCCCAUGACUGGUAGAGUGGAGGAAAGCCUCCAGCUCACCCCUGCACCGCCAGCAUGCCCCAAGGCCCCCAGGGGCAAAGUGUGCCCUGGGAGGGCAGGACCACAGGCCAGGGGACCCUCCAUAGGAAGCAGUACCUGAUGCAGACACUGCUGAAACUCAACAAUUUAUAA